GAGAAAAAUUAUAAAAUAUAACAUAACUGUGUAAAAGCAUUGAUACCAGUGUUAUAUGAUGUACAUAAAUACUAUUUGGUAUUCAUAAUUUAGAGCCUUGUGAUGCCUGGAAAAACAUUACGAUAAAUCUUAGAUCAUCUUAUUUUAAGGUCUAAACAAAUAACCUUUACGUUUACUGUGCAAACUGCUACAUAACAGUGUAUAAAUGUGUCUUGAUGUUAAGCACACUACUGUAAUUACAAAGCAAGCUUAGGUGAGAAUUACAGACAUAUGUAAUUAAAGACUAUUUAUAAAGAAGCAACCGAGGAAAGGUUAAAGUUCUGUGCCCAACAAAAAAAAAAACGUGGGCCACAAGGACAGCGAGAAAGGGAGCAGCACGUCAGGAAUCUCCCCAAGAAAAACAACUGCUACUAAGAGACUCGACACACACCAUGGAUUCUAAUGGAGGACACUACCUCAACAAAGAAGCUGUGCUGUCACCUUUAGGUAUAUCCAGAAUGUGCCAGCUGCUCCUCGGUUGCACCAUAAUGGCCCUUGUAUCCCACAGCGCAGGCUACAGCGCCACCUAUGGACAAUUUUGCAUGUUUGUGUGGUGCUUCUGCUUUGCCGUCACACUGGUUGUGUUCACCCUGGACAUCACACGGCUCCACGCAUGCAUGCCCAUUUCCUGGGAUAACUUCACUGUGGCCUUUGCAAUGCUGGCAACGCUCAUGUACAUCACUGCCUCAGUGGUCUACCCUGUUUACUUCCUCCAAACAGAGUGCCCUGAUGAAAGCUGUGAGGCCCAAAUGUACCGUAUUGCUGUCACUGUAUGCUCCAGUGUCUGCUGCUUCCCUUACGGUGCUGAGGUUUUCCUAACUCGAGCAAAGACGGGGGCCGUGGUGGGUUACAUGGCUACUGUGUCCGGUCUACUGAAAGUGGUCCAGGGUUUUGUGGCCUGUAUAAUUUUCGGGGCCCUGGCCAACGACAGUGAGUACACCCUCCACAUUGCCACUCAGUACUGUGUGGUGGUGUACAGCCUGUGCUUCACUAUUACUGUCAUAGUAGUUGGAGUGACAGUUUCCGGUAGGACCUCUGCACUGCGGUUCCCCUUUGAUCGGUUUGUGAUUGUCUACACCUUCUUCGCUGUGAUGCUUUACCUCAGCACUGCCCUCAUCUGGCCCAUCUUCAGCUUUGACAGGAAGUACGGCACCACUACUCGUCCUGAGGACUGCCCACGUGGAGAAUGUCCCUGGGACAGUAAACUAGUUGUGGCUGUGUUCACCAACGUAAACAUGAUCCUUUAUUUUGUUGACCUGGUUUACUCCCAGAGGAUUCGCUUCGUCUCCAGCUCUGCUGCUGUCUGAAUCCCCACCCCACUCUCCUAAAGACUAUAGACUCAAAGACAAAUAGAGACAUUUCGAGACCACAUCCACCUUGCUCUCCUCAGUCAAGUCUCUGUGAAGAACUCAAUCUCUUGAAUCCAUAGAUUUCUGCUACUGCAUCUAUAUGGACUUUUUAAAUUUUUUAAUCAGUGUUCAUUUAGCAAAUAUAGGUAGAAGAAUUUACAGUGCUACCCUAUUCUACCAACUAAUAAAGUAUUUUGCCAAGGUUCAGCAGUGACUUACCAGAAAGACAAUGCUAGGUGCUCCGACGAGCUGAUCGUUGCAACUUUGUUCAAAGAGGACCCUUGGAAGUUUGUCCAGCUUAGCACCAAAUACAUCCCCCUGCUCCAGAUUCCUUUGGUGGUUGCAAACAGGAAGGACCUACGGGAGUGUGGAAUAAUGUUUAGAAUAUUAAUGUUGAAUCAGAGCCUCAGAAUACACAGGCUGAACCAUUUAUUUAUGUAUUAAAAUGUCUGUACGACUCAAAUGAAGGAAGAUAUCGCUCUUAAAUAGCAUAGGCUAAGUUUACAGUAUGCACUGAACAUAGCUUUUGGUUCAGGUUUUUGAACAUUUUCUUGUGUCUUGUACGACAGUUUAUCAUCAUACAUUGCAUCUAAUGCAAAAAGUUUACCAGGCUUUGCGGUCUUCUUCGGCUGAAUGUUAAGUGUAUCAGAUACAUGUUUUUUUUUCUUUUAAACAAGACUUCGACAGCAGUAUUACAAUUAAUUUCAAUUAAGAAAGCACAACCAACUGUUUGAUAUCUUUUUUUUUGCUAUAUUUCUGAUACAAAAUGUUUCAUAUUUAAUAAAAUAUCUAAUCAUGUGU